AUAAUAGUGAAACACCAAGCGAAGUUAGAAAAAGAACUCCCUUUCGCUUGAUUCAUAGUUUGAAGAGGGGAAGCUCAAUGAGGAUGGACUGGUUCCACUGUAACAGGUGUUUCCGCAAGGAUGGCAAAAAGUUCGCCAUCUCCAGUUGUGGCCAUAUUUUCUGUGAAAGCUGCAUCACUCCAAAUGUUUGUGGUAUUUGUGGAAAUAGCUGUAGCUACCUCCAGAUAUGUGAUCAGAAGAUGAAACCUGAAGAACAAGUUUUCUUCAGAGAUCCCGUGAAGCUUAUACAAUCACGCAUGGAGCACAUGACACAGGUUGCCCAGUUCCAGCUGAAGCAGAUGAACAAGAGUAUGAUGUAUCACAAGAAAAGAUCAGUGGAGCUGGAAAGAAGACUGAAUGGACUUGCUGAGGAGUAUCAGAGGCUAAAGAAGGAGAAUGCGGAUCUUAAGAAGCACAUGCCAGUGAGCAGGGUGUCACCAGGAAAGCAUCAGUCUAACGGAAGCAUUCAAAAGGUGUGCUUACCCGUUGCCGUAACAUCUCCAGUUAACAAUCAUCAACAAAGUGGAAGCCUCCAAGGACCAUAUGAUUCCUUGCAGAGACUGAGAGAAAUGUCAAGGCAGUCCGCUCAACACACUCCGCCAAGUAAUGCCUCUGCAGCGCCCAGUCUCAACCUCCUCUAUGACCGUGGGAUGAGGACUCCAACCUCCCUCCCUCUCACUCCCACAAGGUCAGACAUGACAUCCCCCAUAUUCCAGUUGAGGUUACAGUCUGGAUUCAACCGCUCCUCUCCCAGAACAUGGGUGAAUGGCCAAAGCCACAGUUGACGGUCCUGGUUGUUCAGUGUUUCUAGACGUGAGAAGCAAGAUGAGUACUCUCCAUCCUCAACACUUGCUCACUGCCCUUGACGACUACCUAAACCUCGGCACGUGUUGGAACGUGUUGCAAUGUGGUACGAGGACUAAAUGAUUGUGCUGUAAUGUGAAGUAUUGUGUUGAGCAGGAAGUGAUUGUAACAUGCUCUGCAUGCCUACUUAUGGAGGAGGUGCUCAAUUGUGCUGAGAGAGUCUUUCUUAAAAUUCCCCCUUUGAACCAGAUAUCUGUGGCCCACAACCCACUUCUCCAGAACAGGAAGAGGGCCACUCUGCCACUUCUGUUAUGGUGAUUGUAAUAUGCAAACAGAUCGUUUAAAUGUUUCAUUUGCUUGCUAUUGUUCAGAUUUGAAUAAAAAACAUGAAUUGUACUCUUAUGUCUAUAUAUUGAUGAAUACAAAA